AAUUUUAUUGCUGGACAUAUUUUUUACGUUGUUGUUUGAUAUCGACAAAUAAUAAUAAUAUAUAUAACCCAUAUAAAAAUGCCGUCAGUAUAUGAUUUUCGACAUGUUGAACUCGACAAAGUAGGCAGGGGCAAAAGGGUAAUAACUGGUUCGGGAAGCAAUUCGAGCACUAUAUUCAACCCUUCAAGCAAUGGUUCGGAGGGAUCGGACUUGAACUCCAUAAGCGAUUCGGGAUCGAUAUCAUCGUUGCCGUCGACACCGGUCAACGGCAUGAAUGGCUUGAAUGGAUCUAAUGGUAACUUUUUUAGCGACAACAUGUCCGAGUGCUCGGCCACACCGCCAUCGAGUGCCUCAUCGAGCCGUAGGGGCAGUCGUCAGGAGGACACCAAAAAUCGUUUGUUUGGCGAAGCAGGUGUUGAGUCGCCCCGUCGUCGUGUUGUCGACCGCAUGAAGUCCAACAUAUUUAGCGAAACUCCGGCCACUAAUGGAUCGGCCGCUUUGGUCCGUUCGGCUUCUGUCAAAAAGUACGACCACGUCAUCCGUCGCAAUCCAAUCACUGGCGAAGUCUAUGACGAAGCGAAACCAGCGAACGGUCACAAUGGUGUCAACGGCAGAAUUAAUGGCGUCAACGGCAACGGUUCCACAUCAUUGCCGGCCACACCCGUGAAGGUCCGUCAGCCACCCGGCGGCAAAUGUUCCGGCAUUUUCUAAGAUGCCGUCCACUCCUAACAACCAACACCACCACAGCACCUACUAAUACUAUCGCUAUAAUUAGGGUCAACCCUAAAGGGUCUAACCUUUUUUCUACAAAAAAAUAUAUAAUUAUUAUUACAGUUUAGAUACUGACCAAACAUUUUUAUUAUUAUUAAAUCAUCCGAUUUAUUAAUGGAUUGAUUACACACACAUUUAGUUGGGUGUGUAGGUGUGAGUGUGUAAUGUGUGUCUAAAUGUGUGAGUGAGUGUGUGUGUGUGUAAUGGCUUAUUCAAAGUUAUUUUCAAACUAAAAACUAAUAAUAAUAAUAACUUUUUUGCUUAUAUUUUGCUUACGAUCAUAGUAUUUGAUACAAAUGUAAUUGAUGAUAUUUUAAAAAAAAAGUUUUUUGAUGA